AUGUUAAAAGAGGAAAAAAGAAAAAAAGAUGAUUGUUCGGUGACCUUCGUGGAGAGCAGCAGCGACGGUCACCAGGACGGCCUUCUUAAUUCACAGGGAAAACCCAUCGACGGGCUGCACAUCGACCGGGACACCUUCUGCCCAUAUUUGACAAAACGGAGAACCGCCUUCAAGUUCAUUCCAUAUCACGUGAAGGAGUACCAAGAGGGCAUGCUUUACAAGCAGAGUGAUGGAAGUGAAAAGGCAUUUUUGUAUUCCACCAGAAUUAAAAAGUGCCAGUACAGCGAUAGGAUAAGUAACAAUUUGUAUGUAAGCUGUUUUUCCGCUGGGGACAAUGGGGAAAGAGUUUCCAGGAAAAACCUCUUCGACAUUCUGUUUCGGAAGUUUAGCCUCCUGUACCUCUUCACCGACACAAGCCACGUGCAUGAGGUGAAGAAAUAUCUGUCCGACUUUGCGCGUCAGAAGGGGGAACACGGAAAACACUCACCAUACAUACAGCAGAUCCAGCAGAUAAGUAAUCAUGAGGAAGGCAAUUUUGUGAAGCUGAGGGACAGACAGCAACCAAUCCACCUCUACUACUGCUACGUUUCGCCAUACAGAUACCUCCUUUCAACCUACUUCAGUAAAAAAAUAGCACAGGAUUUAAAAGCCACUUAUUUUAAUGGAAAUAAUUUUUUUUUUAUAAAUGACAGACUAAGUGCAGACGUUGAAAACACGCUGCUUCUGCCUGGGAGCAGAACCGUUGGUUCGUUUACCCCACACGAUACGUUACCAUCGUUACUUCUGGUGGACGACUGCUGCUAUGUGAGAUAUCACAUAAAGGGGUUGUUCACGAGGGAGGCUUCGCACUACCUCUAUAACGUUAUGAAGGGUAUUUAG